AUGUUCGAAGUGCCCAAGCCCUUCGAGUGCUUGGCUGUCGACGAGGAAUCCUUCGCGCACGCACCAGAUCUCGUGGCUCUCGGCAGAUUCGGCUGCGGUCGUUCGCUGGAUUGCGUUCAGCUGUGGCACAAAGAUGCGGAGACCAACAACUGGACCCUCGGCCGCGGUAUCAAGGGCCACACGAGCACGGUGAGCUGUAUGAAGUUUAUGGAUGGCAACAACCGGCUCAUCACUGGCUCGUGGGACCGAACGAUCAAGAUCUGGGACGACGUGAAUCACGAAACCAAGCAAGCAACGUGCGUGGCCACCCUCUCCGGCCAUGAGUUCGAGGUGAAAUGCAUUGCGCGUCACGGAUCUAAACUGGCCAGCGGCGCCGAGGACAAGACGUUGGCUUUGUGGGACAUGGCGACCGGCAAGCGUGUACUUCUGAGCGCUUCGCCGGACAAGACGAUCCGCGUCUGGGACCCACGAGCAGGCUCCGACUCAGUCGGUGUCCACAUCACCGGCGCCCCUAUGCGCGCCAUCGCCCUUAGUCCGGACGGCAACCGUAUCUUCUACGCUCCCUUCGAUCUGCUACAAAGAAAGAGCUGCUGGAUCGAUGCCAGAGCAGCCGCAGGACCAUCAUUGGACCGUUACCAUUCGCGUUUGUUUGCUCGCCAACACCAAAACGUGGCAACAGCAGAGCACCUGGCGAUACUGCCUUACCGUUUGAGCGACGGACAAGACCACCUUCUCGCCAAUGGGCAGCUCAUGAGCAUACCGCUGGAGGCGACCGGGAUCAGCCAGGCCAGCAUCCAGGAGCUCGGCUACUACUCAGGCGAGCUGCCGUUGCGCUGUACGGGGAGUAAAGGAGUGUGUUGGACCAACUCGCAGGUCAUCGUCACAGGUGGGGACAAGAAGGUCUACAUGGCCGACCCGACCACAAAGCGAGUGGUGUCGGACCCGCUCGCCGACGAGCUGUGCAAGCAGCAAGCUCGCUCCAAGCUGCGAGCGCUUGCAGAGGCCCAACGGGAGAGGGAGAAGCAAGCCAGCAAUCACCUCACACGCACCCCGCCAUCCGCCAGGGAAGUGAACCAGGACGUGGCCCGCAUCCAACGCCAGAUUGAGCAGAUCCGACGCAGCAGACGCCCUGGCGCCCGUGGCUGA